AUGCUUGAGAGAACUAUAUGCCAAUGGCCGUCGUUGCCAAUUCGACGGCUACAAUAUGUGGCUCGGCACUCUCGGCUUACCCUCGCACUGGCAAGACAUACGGCAUAUGUUCAUCAAAAUACCCAAACCCUGUACACGCCAUCUAGCCGGUACUUCAGUGAUAGUGCAGCUCAAUAUGGGGGCUUUACCGUCAAGGUCCCUCCAAUGGCCGAGUCUAUCAGCGAGGGCACACUUACAACCAUCCACAAGAAGGUCGGGGAUCGAAUCGAAGCAGAUGAAGAGAUUGCCAGCAUCGAGACGGAUAAAAUCGACGUGGCAGUCAACGCUGCUCAAGAGGGAGUUGUUGCUGAGCUCCUAGCUCAUCAAGGCGAUGUUGUCACGAUUGGACAGCCUAUCGCCCGGAUAGAACCCGAUUCUGGUGACGGCAACAACAGACCUGGCGUCACCGAAGAACGAUCGUCUAACGAAACAGCAAGGGAUGCCCUGGACUUAUUCCAGAAUGAACCAGAAGAAAGCAAGAGUGUCGAAGCCAACGACCAGGCAUUCGAAAGCUCAGCACUAUCUGAGUCUCCUGCAGGACUUUCACCGGCAAGCUCACCACAGCCUGUUGACGAAUAUGCUGUUGACUCAAGACACGAGUCUUCCCUGCGAGCUGAGCACGUGGAGAAAAUGUCACGUAUGCGCAAAACCAUUGCAACACGUCUCAAGCAGUCUCAAAAUACAUGUGCCUCGAUGACGACGGUUCAAGAGAUCGAUAUGACGGCUCUAAUGCAAUGGCGUACAAAGUAUAAGGAAUACGUAGCAAAGCAGUAUGGCAUAAGAUUGGGCUAUAUGGGUGCCUUUGCAAAGGCCACAGCUCUAGCUGCGAAGCAAGUCCCAGAAAUCAAUGCCAGUAUUGACACUAAUCGUGAGCUCAUUACCUAUCGGGACUACGUUGAUAUUAGUAUCGCUGUUUCCUCUCCCAAGGGGCUAGUAACACCAGUGGUAAAAGGCUGUGAUUUACUGAGCAUAGUAGAGUUGGAAAAGGAGAUUGCCAUCGUGGCACAGAAGGCUAGGGAAGCCAAAUUGACCAUGGAUGAUCUUAAUGGUGGUAACUUUUCCAUCAGUAACCCUGGCAUCUUCAACUCCUUGUUUGGGACGCCGGUGAUUAAUUAUCCACAAGCUGCGGUCUUCAACAUGAACACCAUCAAAGAUCGUGUGAUUGCAGUGGACGGCAAGCCCGAGAUUCGACCGAUGAUGUAUGUCACUGUAACAUAUGAUCACAGACUGAUUGACGGUCGAGAAGCCAUCUACUUCCUUAACAUCGUCAAGAACUAUAUCGAAGACCCUGCUCGGAUGCUCCUUGAGUAG